AUGCAAUCCAAAACAGAACCGCUAAUGGAAUACAUUCAGAUGCCGCCGCAAAUCAACCAACCAUCACGCUUGAACUCUCUAUUUGUCAUUCCAGGGCCUGGCAGUUACAAAAAGAUUGCUAAAUGCCGCAAACGAAUGGAGUCAGCCUAUUUGGGUUGGGUUGUCAUCAACUACUCCGAUAAUGGCCUGCAGUUCUUUCUCUCCGAUGGCAAUUUCUACCAAGAGGUCCGACUACCAGCUGGCCCAGGGGACAAGAUGAGUUUUUAUCCAUCACCAUGGCUUCCGCUCAAGAAGCCUAAUGAUCCCAAGAAGGUCCUUGGAUGGGAUAUCCAGCAACUAUCAUGCCUAGUCGAGACUCUAGCAAAGUCUACCCCGUACCUGGGAAAGUUUAUCGAAAUGGUUCAACGCGCCUCAGCUACAAAGAUGCCUACCCCUGGCUAUGCUGAGUUUGGAAGUGCUCUUACUGGACGUCCCCUAGCUCUGACUUACAUGGCAUGGUCCCUAGAGCUUGUAGGACCAGACUGGGCAAGCCAAAUGGACGAUGAUCCAGCUUCAAAACGGACUCUACUACCGCCGGACACAGAGGACAAAGAUCCGCUCGAACAAUAUUCCUUUCCUAUCAAGAUUGGCGACGAGAUACCGGGCUUUGAUGGGCUUGUCGGUUAUUUUCUACCAAAGACUACUGAGGAUGUAGAGCUGGGCGAUGCCUUGGAUCUCGCCAGGAUAUACUCGCAUUUCGCUAUAGCAAAGCCGGCUGCAACAACUACGACGAGCGAUAAUACAAUCUUCUCCAACUCUCAUCCCUUUGUUUUCCAAGAAUUGGACUCCUAG